AUGACGGAGUAUGGUCAAACGCUGCAGUGCAGCCUGACUGCGGUGCGACCCCGCUCCGGCGGGUGGGGCGAUGACGUGCUGCAGCUGCGGGUGUCUUUGCUGAACCAGACGUGCGUGCUUAGGGUGGAGGAGUACGACGAGCCCACCAGGACGUACAUGGUGGACCUGGACAUGCCCAUCACCGGCCGCUCACUACGCGAGUCUUUGCUGGAGGAAGGGAUCUGCGUUGCAGAAUCCGUCACCAACUGCAGCGCGGCUCCCUCGGCCCCUCUCGAGGGAAUCGGCCCAGGCCAGGAUGCUGGCCCCACUGCCGACGCCGGGGCUGUUGGUGAGGACGAGGAGGCGAGUGGGGUUGGUGCCGGCGUUAGCUCCGGCAUGGAGCUAGAAAGGGGAGUGGCCGAGAGACUUCCUUGCGUGGGAGAGUCCUUCAACGUUGUGGUCGGAGACCUUGUCAAUCCGGGCCUCUUCUACUGCCAGCGCACGGAGUUUGCCGAAGAGCUGGUCAAGGUGAUGGCGAUGGUCGCGUGCCUCGGUUCCGAGCCGGAGCCUCCCAGGGUAUCGCCGUGUGUCGGACAAGUCGUCUCGGCGCAGUACUCGGGGGAUAACGUGUGGUACCGAGCCAUGAUCCUGGACGUGCCAAGCGAGGACACGGUGAAAGUGUGCUACAUGGACUUUGGCAACUGCGAGAGCCUAAAGGUGUCCCGCCUGCGGGCCAUCCCACAUGCGCUGCUCAAGUUGCCCGCCCAAGCCCUGCGGUGCUGCCUGUCAGGGGUCCGGCCGGUGUGCGAUGCGUGGAGCGUGGAGUCGACGGGGCUACUGGCAGGGCUGGUGAGCGGCGAGAUCCUGCGCGCCCGCGUGGUGGCGCGCGACGCGCACACGUCGACGCUCGAGGUGAAACUCGGGCCCGCGGAGGACCCGGAGUGCGACUUCUCCGAGUUGCUCGUGAAGCACGGAGUGGCUGCGCCCACAUCGCCCGCGCCCGACGAAAUUUCGCCGCCUCCGUCUACUGCUCAUUUCGCCAGCUCCCCCACCUUUGCAGGCAGCAUGGAGUUUCCUGUAGGGGCCCAGUUCUCCGUCAUGGUCACUGAUGUACAGCACCCUGGUCACUUCUAUUGCAUCCGGCUUGUCGACAACGAAAUCCAGGCUCUCCAGGAGGUGCUGGUGGAGGUGGCCUCAUAUUGCGACCGCACGAAGCCACAGCCAGACUUCCAUCCCAAGCCGGGGCAGCUGUGCUGCGCGCGCUACAGCAGUAAGCGCCGCUGCCUCACACUCUUCACCACUCGCACUUUAACUCAAACAGCUGACUGGAUCAAUCACUCGAUUGCUCAAAAAAAUCUGAGCGACUGCUCGCUCGCUCGCCGCAAACGCAACGGGAGCUGGUACCGCGCACGCGUGCUGGCCUGCGUCGGGGAGCUCGUGCGCGUCGAGUACCCCGACUUUGGCAACAGCGAGGAGGUGGGCGUGCAGGACCUGAGGCCCCUCGACGGGGACGGCCACCUGCUGCGCUGCCCCUUCAUGGCCUUCCGCUGCAGCCUGGCGGGCGUGCUGCCCGUCGACUCUGACUCUUGGUCGCCGGAGUCCACGGAGGCGCUGCUCAACCUCGUGUCCGACCGGUGCCUGCGUGCCACUGUGAUGGCGCCGCGGUGCGGAGACUCGGUCCCCGUGGACCUGCAGGACACUCCGGCGGCGCAGCAGGAGAACUCGAGCCAGGCGGCGCCCGACGCUUACAGGUCCGUGGCGCACCAGCUGGCGCUCGUGGGCCUAGCCACGCUGGCGGUCGGGCCUGGCGACGUGCCGGAGGAUCGAGAGUCCACGGUCCGGGUGUGCGGCGUCCGGUGCGGGUCGAACUCCGUCAGCGAUGGCAGCUCGGUCGAGACCAUCACGACGCUGGACGAUCGUCUCCCCGGCGUUCCGCCCACCGAUGCGUGCGACCGGCAACUACCCGGCGCCGUCGCUGAAGGUGCGGCGGUGGCGCUGGCUUUGGGUGAAUGGAAGUCGAGAGGUGCGGACGAUCCCUCGGUUGAAGCCCCUGUCGUCCCUGAGGAAUUUGUCGUUAAUGACCCGCCGACCCUACUUCAAGGGGUCCUGUCCGAGAUUCUCACCGAGGUGACGGAGGCCGUGAAUAUGUUGGAGCUGCUGGUGGAAGCGAAGAGGAAACUUGAACGCGUUGUCAAGCUCAUCCAGCGAGCCUUGGAUGAGGAGGCCCAUGAGUAGUGAUUGUUGUCGAUCGUUAACAGUUAACAUUUUGUUUGUGCCCGUGUUUUUGAACUUGUUGCAGAGAGUUAUUCUGCGAACUUAACAAUGGCACUUGAAAUACGAGAUGAUAUUCCAAGGAUGAGACAUGGGUUGCCUUGUGCGAGACUUCAAAUAAAAUGGGCCUUAUGUCACUGUUAAAACAUAUGAUGGGAACAAAUUAUUAUUUGGUGACUAUUCUUACCAAAGCAGGAUUCGGCAAAUGAGUUUGUGUGCAAGUGUUUAACAUCCCAGUUAUUGUUUCCUCUCGCCCGAAAGUUGAAGGACCAUUCCAACAACGCGGCAGAUGGUCAAGGCGACACGUGUAAGCGGUUUCGUCAAAGAUUAGAAUCUUAAAUUUUUAUUUAAAGCUUUCGUGACUGCAGUGAUUCAUAUUCUU